CACUACAUCAAUCGCGAGUGAAAGAUGAGCAGCGGCGGCGGCAUGGUGGCGCCGUUCGUGGCCAAGACGUACGCGAUGGUGGACGACCCGGCGACGGACGCCGUGGUCGGGUGGGGGCCGGCCAGCAACAGCUUCGUCGUCGCCGACCCCUUCGCUUUCUCGGAGAUGCUGCUGCCCGCGCACUUCAAGCACUCCAACUUUUCCAGCUUCGUUCGCCAGCUCAACACCUACGGCUUCCGCAAGGUCGACCCGGACCGCUGGGAGUUCGCGCACGCCUGUUUCCUGCGCGGCCAGACGCACCUCCUGCCCCGCAUCGUCCGGCGCCGGAGCGGCGGCAAGCGUGGCAAGGAAGACGCCGACGAGGAGGAUGAUGACAUCAGCACCAAGAUGUUAGCCAUGGAGGUGGUCCGGCUGAAGGAGGAGCAGAGGGCCACCGAGGACCGCCUGGCGGCGAUGUGGCGCCGGGUGCAGGACGCCGAGCGCCGGCCCAAGCUCAUGCUCGCCUUCCUCCUCAAGGUCGUCGGAGACCCCGACGUGCUGCGCCGCCUCGUAGGCAACUCGGGCUGCAACGACGGAUUGUUCCCCGGCGAGGGCGCGGAGGCCAAGAGGCCGCGGCUGCUUCUCGACGGGGAAGCCCAGGUGAGCAAGAAGAAGAUGCGCGUCGACGGCGACGGGCUCUUGUACGGCAUCAACCGGCAGGAGGCCUUCGUGCGGGAACCCAGGGUCGACUUCACUGGUUUCUACACCGGAGGCGAUGGCUUUAGCGAGGUGCCGGUGGACGACCCGCCGUACGCUUUCCGUGUGGACACCGGCUACUGAGUUCGGUUCGAUUAGAGGGUGUUUCACCGACACAUGUGUGUACUGUACGUAGUAGGAGGUUUGGUUUUUAGACGACGUGGUAGGAGUACUUUGUGCCAAACAGUAUGUGAACAAGGGAAGCUACAAAAUAUGCGGUAAUUUAUACUUUUUGUUUUGCAAAAAAAUCCAAAAAAAGGGUAAAGUACACAAGGAUGUGAUGUGUAUGUAAAUCUUCAUAAGGAAAUACCUGAACCUGUGCAAAAGAAACUGAUUUGUCUUUC